AUGGCUGUGGGCUACAUUGUAAAUCUUGGCCACAACAAGUUGACAGCCAUUGAUGUCGAAGUCUUCUCAAACCUCCCAAACCUACGAGAGCUGCGCCUGGACCAUAAUGAGCUGACGUCCAUCCCUGAUCUAGGACCUGCUGUGUCUAAGAUCGCUUCCCUCUACCUACACCACAAUAAGAUCCGCACCAUCGAUGGGAGGCGGAUGAGAGACCUGAUCUCCGUGGAAACACUGGACCUGAGCAACAAUGACAUCACAGAAGUCAGAGUUCAAGGUUUCCCCGCAGGUCUCCUGAUCAAAGACCUGUACCUGAGCAACAACAAGAUCCAGUUCCUGGAGGCCGGUGCUCUGGACCAGCUCUCCUCGACCCUGCAGGUUCUGAGACUGAGCCGGAACCGCAUCUCCCAGGUCCCUGUCAAAUGCUUCCAGCUGCCCAAGCUCACCCAACUUGAGCUGAACAGGAACCGUGUGAGGCAGGUGGAGGGGCUGACCUUCCAGGGCCUGGCCAGUCUGGAGGUCCUCAAGCUGCAGAGGAACAACAUCAGCAAGCUCACCGACGGAGCCUUCUGGGGCCUGGCCAAGAUGAAAGUGCUUCACCUGGACUACAACAGCCUGAGGGAAGUGAACAGUGGCUCCCUGUACGGCCUGUCCUCUUUGCUGCAGCUCUUCCUCAGCAACAAUUCCAUCUCCCACAUCAACCCAGAUGGCUGGAGGUUCUGCCAAAGGCUACGGGAACUGAAUCUGUCCUACAACAACCUGAGUCGUCUGGAUGAGGGCAGCCUGGCGGUACUGGGGGACCUCCACACCCUCCGUCUGGGGCACAACGCCAUCAGCCACAUUACCGAGGGGGCCUUCAGAGGCCUCAAGGCCCUGCGCCUCCUGGAGCUGGACCAUAACGACAUCUCAGGCACAAUAGAGGACACCAAUGGGGCCUUCUCUGGACUGGACAGCCUCAACAAGCUAACUCUGUUUGGAAACAAGAUCAAGUCGGUGGCCAAGAAAGCCUUCUCAGGCCUGGAGGCCCUGGAGCACCUGAACCUGGGAGAGAACGCCAUCCGCUCCAUCCAGCCAGAGGCCUUCAGCAAGAUGAGGAGCCUCAGGAACCUGCUCAUCCAGAGUGACAGUUUCCUGUGUGACUGUCAGCUCAACUGGUUCCCUGAGUGGCUGAUGACCCGGGGGCUACAGACUGGCGUAGAGGCUACCUGUGUCCACCCCGAAAUCCUGAAGGGUACUAGCGUCUUCCAGGCUCCACCAGAGAGAUUUGUCUGUGAUGACCUGCCUAUGCCCCAGAUCACGGUGCAGCCAGAGACCACAGUGACGGUUCUGGGUAGUGACGUGCGCCUCAUGUGCACGGCAGCCAGCAGCAGCAGCUCACCUAUGUCCUUCGCCUGGCGCAAAGACCAGGAGCUGCUCCGUCAUGCUGAGGUGGAGAACUUCGCCCACCUGCGCGCUAACCACGGGGCGGUGCACCAGGCCGGGGGGGUGAUGGAGUACACCACCAUUUUGCACCUGCGUCAUGUGACCUUCGCCCACGAGGGCCGAUACCAAUGCAUCAUCACCAACCACUUUGGCUCCUCCUACUCCACCAAGGCCCGCCUUACUGUCAACGUCAUGCCUAGGUUUGUGAAGACCCCUCAAGACAACACCAUCCAUACGGACACCACUGCCAAGCUGGAGUGUGCGGCCGAGGGGCACCCCACCCCUGAGAUCGCCUGGCAAAAGGACGGAGGCACGGACUUCCCGGCGGCACGCGAGCGGCGGAUGCAUGUGAUGCCUGACGAUGACGUGUUCUUCAUCAUGGACGUCAAGCUGGAGGACAUGGGCGUGUACAGCUGCACCGCCAAGAACACAGCGGGCACCGUGUCUGCCAACGCCUCUCUCAUUGUGCUGGCGACGCCCCACCUGGCCCAAGAGCUGGAGGACCGUAGUGUGGUGGUGGGGGAGACUGUAGCCCUGCAGUGUAAGGCCCUGGGCAGCCCCCCACCCAAAAUCACCUGGCUGAGGAACGACGAGCCCCUUCGCUCCUCCGACCGACACCACUUCACCCCUGGCAACCAGCUGCUGGUGAUCGGCAGCGCCGCCCUAGAGGACGCUGGGAGGUACACGUGCGUUAUGUCUAACACGCUGGGCACAAAGCGCAGCCACAGCCAGCUGAGUGUCCGCCAGCGCCAGACCGGCUGCGCCGCCCCGUCCGGCCCCAGCAUUGUCACUAUGGGCAUCAUCGUCAUCGCUGUGGUGACCAGCAUCGUGGUGACCUCGCUGGUGUGGGUGUGCAUCAUCUACCAGACGCGCAAGAAGAGCGAGGAGUGCAGCGUAACCAACACCGAUGAGACAAUCGUGCCCCCGGACGUCCCUAGCUACCUGUCCUCCCAGGGGACCCUCUCGGAGCGCCAGGACGUAUGUAUCCGCGUGGAGGCUAGCGUUGGACCUCAGCUCAACGGACACAUAGACAACACAGGUUACAAUGGGGCUGUAGUGUGUACAGAGUGUAUGGAGAACGGAAACAGCUACUCCAAGACAGACUUCGACUACCUCACCCAGGGGCUGGGACCUGUAGGCCUGGAGUACCAACAACACCCCCACCCCCACCACAUGGACUACAGUGUACCUGUACCCCUAGGGGUGGACACGGGACCCCUCUGCAACGAGAUCCCCAACGGAGUCAGAAGGGAUGCCUCGCCACCUGAAUUUCCAUCACAGAGAAACCACCACAACAGAAAAGGUUCCUCAGUGAACAGGACGGGACACACAACUCUAGUGUGCUCCCCAUCCCAGGAGGAGGCCUUCCACAAGCCGGUGAAACUCGCCCCCGUAAGACGCCAAGACACACUGGACACGGAUCGUGAGCCAGAGCUCAGACAGACUCUACUGUCCAACGGACACACUCCCAGAGCCUCCCAGAGUGACAGCACCCCCCUCAGGAGCGCCAGCGACUAGCAGGCCCUCCCCACCCUGACACUAAUAGACUCACUAGCCCUGAGUGGACUUGUUCUUUGCACUGGGAACUGCUACCUCAAACAGAGAGGCCAAGAUCUGAUCCCCUCCCCUGUUUGGACUAACAGAGCGGGAGCUGGGAGGGGGGUGGCAUCCAGAGGUUUGAAGGCAGAGCUUGUGUGGGUGGCGUCCCAUUUGAGCGUAUCAGAUGUACAUACUUAAAACCUUCCCCUGGGAGGUGUCAACCAAUCCUAGCUCCAAAUGUGACUUGCAUUUGAAGCAUGCAAAUGUAGGGAAUAUUUUACAGUAAUGUGUGAAAGAGAGCGAAAGAGAGAUAUACCAUGGGAAGAUUAACUGUACAUAAGAGUUUUCAUAUAUAUUAUAUAACUUUUACAAAGAGUAUUUGAAUUUAUUCUGUGCAUGACAAAGAACGGAGUGAUGGUAUUUUUUUCUCUUUUAAAAGCCUCUACUUACCAGCUUCAACUGCGGUGCCUUAUUGCAUGAUCAAAGAAACCACAAACGGGACUCGUAGUAUAGCAGAGAUUUGUGAGAGCUAUCGUACACUCUUUGUCAUACCAUGGAACACUUUAUUGCACUUGAAUGUCGUUUGACAAACGCAAAUGCUGCCCGUCAUGGCCUUAAACCAUAACUCAUAUUUACUGGUAUUUUAUGAAGGAAGCUUUAAUUUUUAUUUAUUUUGGUACGUGAUAUGGUAACACCUACGACAAGGAAGUGUUUGGGAUAUGAAUCUAGGUUUUUGAUGUUUAAGCACUUUUGUACUCAUCAUAAAUGACCUCUGGAAACACAGACUCGGUACAUGUAACCCAAUAGGAAUGUAAGAAAUCCCAAUCAGGAAAUGCGACUCAUUUCUGACAUAGCCAUGGAAUGUCAAGUCUCUUCCACCUGUCAAGGUACUAACUACAGCGCCUUCAGAAAGUAUUCAUACCCUUUGA